AUGCUCUGUACAGACACUUCAACAUUUGUACCUACCUCAAUCGAGGUGACACCUUGUAAACUAGACACUUGCAAUGUGGGUGUUAUGUCAUCUGUGUUGCGGAGAUUGAAAAAUGAUGUUCGCGACACAGCGCCUUAUUCUUUGGCGCCUGAGGACACAGAGGUCCCAGUGUUUGAACCGCCUCAUAGCGUUUCGGAGGUUACUAGCAUGAGGAAAUCAGACUUUUACGACGAAUUGGAGGAACUCUUGGAUUCCCUAGAGAGCGUCCUUCCUGCUGGAGACUCUGGGUUUGAUUAUUCACGCCGGAAACAGUUAAACACGACCAAGCACCGCUCCAUGCCUUUGAAAGUUCAGGCACGAACAUCACACCUUUUCGUACGUUUGGCGACAUUUUGGAGCUACCGUAACAUAGGCUCUGGCGCUUCUGGGUUUUCGUCGCCACCAACGGCCGCUGCAUCGUCCGUUGAUGAUGCUUUGGAGUCGUUCCGCAAGAAGCGGGCCAGCGAUUACCAUGACCAGUUGGCCAUGAAGGAAUCUGCUCGUCGUGAUCCGUCUUUGAUGGUGGUUUCUUCACAUAGUAUCUGUUACAAGUGUAACCGACCAGGUCACCAUGCGAAGGACUGUCGUCACAUUGCUUUGUGA